GUCACUUUCUGGAACAAUCGCUGCGGCGAACUGUCUCAUCUGUAAAAUAUAAGAAGCCGGUAUAUUCCUCUUUAACUUCUUCAUCAACUUUGUUAAGUUAGACACUUUACCACUCUUUAUAUCUACCUCGCUGGUCGUAAACUUUGGAUAUUAAAAUGCAAUUCUCACUCGCUAUCGCUACACUCGCUGCUGCUGCCACCGUCUCAGCUGUCCCAGUCAAGAGAUCCGGUACUGGUACCUUCUACUACACUGCCACCGGAAGCGCUGGUAGCUGUGGUAGCUACUUGAACGACGGCGACUCAAUCGUUGCUGUUUCUCAAUCAGACAUGAACUCUGGCCUCUGUGGUAAGCAAGUCACUAUCCAAAACACCAGCAACGGCAACACUGCUACCGCUACUGUACAAGACACCUGCCCAGGAUGUGGCAGCGGCUCUUUGGACUUAUCUCCAAGUGUUUUCAGCCAACUCGGUGAUCAAAGCGAAGGUACCCUUCCAAUCAACUACUGGUACAACUAAGCUUGUCAGCUAGACUGACCUACGCCUGGAGCGUUUUCACCUGGAGUGAACUCGGUAUUGAUUGCCAAGUGUAGAUUUAUAGAACUCGCAAAAAUUUGUAACAGGCCUGUACAACACACAUUCAUUUGCACCGUUAGAACAUUUGCAU